UUUUCAGGAAGUACAGUUGAUGGGACACUUGUUACUUCAAUAGACAUUAAUACAAUUGCUAAUAAAGUUUACAAAUACAAUUUCCCCAAAACGGCCAAUUGCAGUCGAAACAUCGAGUCUCUAUCCAUCGAAGAAAUUUCGAAACUAGACAUUGAUUGCAUCCUUAUGAGUCCACCAUGUCAACCAUUUACAAGAAUUGGUUUAAAAAAGGAUUCAAGUGACAAUAGAUGCGUAUCUUUUUUGCAUUUACUAACAGUCAUUCCAAGUUUAAAAAACUUAAAAUAUAUACUUCUAGAAAAUGUAAAAGGGUUUGAAACAUCACAGUCGAGAUAUGAGCUACUAUCAUGUCUAGAAAAAGCUAGAUUUAAUUAUCAGGAAUUUAUUUUAAGUCCAUGUCAGUUCGGUAUUCCUAAUUCAAGACACAGAUACUAUCUUAUGGCAAAAAAAAAAGAUUUAGGAUUUAUCUUUGAUAAUAAUGGGUUGUUAACAGCUUUUCCUGAUAGAGUUUUAAAAGUCAUCCCUAAAAAAUUGUACAAGUUGUUACCAGUGGAAAAAAGAACUUUUAAUUUAAGUCAUACAGUAGCCUGCUACAAAAUUAAGAAUAUUUUAGAAGAAAAUGUAGAUGAUAAAUACUUAAUUCCAGAAAAAAUUCUUUCUAAACAUGGACAUCUUUUAGACAUAAGAACACCUGAAUCUAAAGGCUCUUGCUGUUUUACAAAAGCUUAUAAACAUUAUGUUGAAGGAACUGGAUCAGUUAUAUCGCCUUACUUAGAUAUCAAAAUGAAAGAAAGUCUUAAACUAUAUGAUAAUAAAGAAAAACUUCAAUAUUUAGUUAAUCUGAAAUUACGUUAUUUUACACCAAGAGAAAUAUCACGAAUCAUGUGUUUUCCAGAAAAUUUUAAAUUUCCGAAUGAAUUGACUGAUAAACAAAAAUAUAGGUUAUUAGGCAAUUCAAUAAAUAUUCAUGUUGUCAGUCAGUUGAUAUAUUUAUUGAAUUAUGAAGAUAAUGUGUCUCAAAUUACUUGUUUUUAAAUUUUAC